AUGUCCGACACCGAGACCUACACUAUCCAGGUGUACAACAACAGUGACGAGCCACAGAACUAUCUUCUCUUCCAGACUGUGCCCGUUUUAUCUGGCUCGGCAGAAGUCUUUGCCAAUGUCUACCAGUCAUCUGGAGUUAUUGAGAGUGGUCCUUACUCCCAGGUCACCUUCCAGAUGACCAAUGAGUACUAUGCUGUGUACGGAACGAACCCUACUCCGCUCGGUGACAAGGUCAGAGUCACUACGGGUUCCGCAGCGCCAGUCACCCUUUCUAGUGGUCAAACGCCCCCGGAGACGCCCGGCACCCAGUGUGUGAUGAGCACAACGAGCGGCAAGUAUCCCAAUUGGGCGAGUGUCACGCCGACUCAGCAGCAAGAGCCCAAUGCCUUUGGCAUAUACUGCGAUGGAACGUUUGAGUAUCCCACGGAGACCAAUAUCUUCAUUGGUAUGGGCGCUCCGGAUCCUGUCAGCCAGGAUAUCAUCCCAGUGACAACCGUGCCCGCAAGUCCCAACACCUACUUCUACUUCCAGCCAAUCGUCAAGUACUACAUUGGCACUGGUGAAUAUGAGGCCGGAACCGUGGUCAACAUCACGGAGAUUGGACAAGUUUGCCCUGUGGAUUUCACCCAGCUCCCCGAACCCACGGCUAUCUACACCCAGGGCCGGGACAAUGAAUACUACCCGGGUGCCCCCUCUGAAGAUGCUGUCAAAGGCCACAAGAAGAAGUAA